AUUUUGCCUUAUCAUCAUGGCGGAAUAGUAGUGACUAGGUUUUUGACGUCGGGAAAACACAAGCUAUAACUUUUGGUGUUGGUCUAGUUGAUCUUUCAUUACGCAAGCAAGAUGGCAGACGUUGAAAUGAUUGAAGAGAAAAAAGAACAAUCACAGCAAGAAAUUGAUAAAAUCUCACUUGAAGAUAUCAAAGAUCAACUGAAGCAGAUAGAAAAAUCUGUUGUCAACAAAGAGCCUCGCUACUUGUCCCGUGUUUUGAGAUCUCUGGGAUCAACUAGAAAAAAGUUAAAUGAAACUAUCCUAUCAAAUCUUCUGUCUUCGUUUUCUCAAUCUGGAACUAAAGCUGCCCUAGCUGAAUUUAUUAUAAGACAACCAGACACAAGUGAGGAAAAGUUAUCAACAGGAAAGAAGUCCUUUGUUCAACUGCUUCCCGAAAUUGAUGCAUACAUUCAUUUGCUAUGUAUUGUAUAUUUGAUUGAUACCAAAUCAUAUGAGAAGGCUAUAUCUUGUGCAGACAAUUUGACACAAAAGGUGGCUUGUCAUAAUAGAAGAACACUGGAUCCGUUAUCUGCUGUCUGUUAUUUUUACUAUGCACGUGCAUAUGAACUACUAGACAGACUGAAGGAUAUUCGCCCUUUUUUACAUGCAAGAUUAAGAACAGCAACAUUGCGACAUGACAACGAUGGACAGGUUAUGCUGUUAAAUUUGUUAAUGAGAAACUACAUCCAUUACAACUUGUAUGACCAGGCUGAAAAACUAGCAUCUAAAUCAACAUUUCCAGAAUCUGCAUCAAAUAAUGACUGGGCAAGAUAUCUUUAUUACAUGGGUCUCAUUAAAGCCAUCCAGUUGGAUUAUUCAGAAGCUCACAAAAACCUAAUGAAUGCAGUGCGUAAAGCACCUCAACAUGUAGCCAUUGGUUUUAAACAGCAUGUCAACCGAUUGGCUAUUGUGGUUCAGUUGCUACUUGGUGAAAUUCCUGACCGCAAGACAUUCAGAGAAGCCAUUUUGAAGAAAACACUUGUCCCAUAUUAUAGUCUCACACAAGCGGUGAGAACUGGCAAUCUUUCCAUGUUCAACAUGGUGGUUGAGCAAUACAAAGAGAAAUUUCUUGCAGAAAAGACGUACACGUUAAUUAUUAGAUUACGUCAUAAUGUGAUCAAGACAGGCGUUCGAAUGAUUAGUUUAUCGUAUUCUCGAAUCUCGUUAAAUGAUAUUGCGCAGAAGCUGAGUCUUGAUUCUGCUGACGAUGCGGAAUUUAUCGUCAGUAAGGCUAUCAGAGAUGGAGUCAUUGAUGCUUCGAUCGAUCACGAGCAAAAGUGUGUGCAGUCCAAGGAAACUGUGGAUGUGUACUCGACCAGUGAGCCUCAACAUGCUUUUCAUCAGAGAAUAAGUUUUUCACUUGACAUCUACAAUCAGUCAGUCAAGGCGAUGAGAUAUCCUGCUAAGUCUUACAACAAAGAUUUAGAGUCAUUAGAGGAACAACGCGAAAGGGAAAAACAAGAUUUGGAAUACGCGAAAGAAAUCGCAGAAGACGAUGAAGAAUUUCCGUAACCUACCAACUAGUUUGUUAGUCAAAAAAAUUGAGACAGAUUUAAUAGUGUUUUGUAUUCCAACUGUUCUAAAAUAACGCUAUUUGAAGUC